GAAGAAUAACUUUGACAGCGGAGACCUGAACUUGAGACUUCCUGUAGCGGUACUUUGUACUCAGACACCCGGAACGUUGCAGUUGCUGCUACGAUGUCGGUUUUAAUGAGUCGCCUGAUAGUUCACUAUAAUUCCAGUAUUAAAUUAGGUGCUUUAGCAUUCGCAGCAACUAGGAUGUACACCGCCCAACCAAAAAAGAACCCGGUGGUGUACUUUGACAUUGCCGCAGACAACGAGCCCCUCGGAAGAGUCACCUUCGAGCUCAAUGCUGAUGUGGUCCCUAAAACAGCAGAGAACUUCCGAGCCCUGUGCACAGGGGAGAAAGGAUUUGGGUACAAGGGAUCCACAUUUCAUCGGGUGAUUCCUCAGUUUAUGUGCCAGGGUGGUGAUUUUACCAACCACAAUGGCACUGGAGGGAAGUCUAUCUAUGGGCCCAGAUUCCCAGAUGAGAACUUCAUAUUGCAACACACAGGACCUGGUGUGUUGUCAAUGGCCAACGCAGGACCAAACACAAACGGAUCUCAGUUCUUCAUUUGCACCGCGAAAACGGACUGGUUAAAUGGAAAGCACGUGGUGUUCGGCCAUGUCGCGGAAGGGAUGGACGUGGUGUCGAAGAUGGAGAAGCUCGGCUCUCGAGGCGGGAGCCCCUCGAAGAGGAUCGUCAUCACCGCCUGCGGGGAGCUUGCGUAGCUGCCUCCCCCGGCUGUAAGACUGCCACGCUGACUGUGAAUUAAACAAUACUCCUUUACAA